AUGGCUCGCAAGUUCUUCGUCGGCGGCAACUUCAAGAUGAACGGAUCUGUUUCCGCCAUCAAGGAGAUUGUCCAGAACCUGAAUAACGCUACCCUCGACUCCAACACCGAGGUCGUCGUCUCCCCUCCUGCCAUCUACCUCCAGCUCGUCCGCGACCAGCUCCGCAAGGACGUCGAGGUGGCCGCCCAGAACGUCUUCGACAAGCCCAACGGUGCCUUCACCGGCGAGAUCAGCGUCUCCCAGCUCAAGGACAGCAACAUCAACUGGGCCAUCCUCGGCCACUCUGAGCGCCGCACCAUCCUCCGCGAGUCCGACGAGGUCGUUGCCUCCAAGACCAAGUACGCCACUGAGAACGGCGUCGGCGCCAUCUGGUGCUGCGGUGAGAGCCUCGAGGAGCGCGAGGCCGGCACCACCGUCGAGGUCGUCAGCAAGCAGCUUGCUGCCCUCAAGGCCGCCAUCUCCGACUGGUCUAAGGUUGUCAUUGCCUACGAGCCCAUCUGGGCCAUCGGCACUGGCAAGGUCGCCACCAACGACCAGGCCCAGGAGGUUCACGCCGCCAUCCGCGCCUGGCUCAAGAAGGAGGUCAGCGACAAGGUUGCCGACGAGACCCGCAUCCUCUACGGCGGCAGUGUCAACGAGAAGAACUGCAAGGACCUCGCCAAGGAGAAGGAUAUUGACGGUUUCUUGGUCGGCGGUGCCUCCCUGAAGCCUGGCUUCGUCGACAUUGUCAACGCCAAGCAGUAA